UCCAAAAGGACCCCAAAAACAUGUAAUAUUUGCUGUAAACAUUGAAUUUCAACGUGAACAUUUUUGGAUUUCCAAGACAUUUCCAGAGAACCUGUGUGUAGAAGAUGAACAACAUGUCCCCUGAGGCUGCACUGAACCGCAUCUCCACUGUGCUGCGCCCAUUGCUGUGGAAUGGUCGAGUGGGCCUUGACUCCACCAACUGCCUUCGCAUCACGGACCUCAAGACUGGAUGCACGUCUCUGACUGCAGGGCCCUGUUGUGAUCGCUUCAAGCUGCACAUCCCCUACGCUGGAGAAACCCUGAAAUGGGACAUCAUAUUCAAUGCACAGGAUCCAGAACUACCUCCAGACUUCAUAUUUGGGGAGGACGCGGAAUUCCUGCCAGAACCCUCGGAACUCCCGCACCUGGUCAAGUGGGAUGCGGGGGACGCGGAGUGCCUGCUGCAGCUGGUGAAGGAGCUGAUCCAGCAGUACCACCAGUGCCAGCGUCUGCGCGAGAGCUCCCGGCUGCUCUUCGAGUACGCUAGCCUGCUCGAGGACCCCAACUAUGGCAGCAGCAUGGAGGUCUACGCCGGGCACAAGAACAGCUGGACCAGAGAGUUCUCCGCUCGUUUCCUGCUCAAGCUCCCUGCGGACUUCAGCGACAUCCCCGUCUAUCUUUUCAAGGAUACAUUGUUGGACCCUGGGGAAGACGUGGCCCUUCUCUCCGUAAGCUUCGAAGACGCAGAGGCCACCCAGGUGUUCUCUAAACUCUACCUGUCCCCCAGCAUUGAACACGCCCUGGGAGGUUCCUCUGCACUACACAUCCCAGCAUUCCCUAGUGGAGGUUGCCUCAUCAACUAUGUACCUCAAGUGUGCCAGCUCCUCACCAACAAGGUGCAGUAUGUCAUUCAAGGCUACCACAAGAGGAGAGAGUACAUUGCUGCCUUUCUCAGUCACUUUGGAAUGGGGGUGGUGGAGUACGAUGCAGAAGGAUUCACCAAGCUCACUCUUCUCCUCAUGUGGAAAGACUUCUGUUUCCUUGAGUUACACGUGGACCUCCCUCUGUACUUCCCGCGGGACCAGCCCACCCUGACAUUCCAGUCUGUGUACCACUUCACCAACAGUGGGCAGCUCUACUGGCAGGUGCAAAAGUCCUACCCAUAUAGCCCGCGAUGGGAUGGCAACGAGAUGGCCAAAAGAGCCAAAGCAUACUUCAAGAGCUUCAUUCCUCAAUUUCAGGAAGGGGCCUUUGCCACUGGGAAACUCUAGGAGUGUAGUCCGUACGUGUGUUUGUAUGUGUGUGUGUGUGUGUGAAUGCGCUGCACAUAAAUUACAAUGUACACUGUACAGGAACUCUCUGUAACUCCACGUUGAGCUGAACUGUCUGUGUUUCCAUUUUAUUUAGUUGUUUUUUCACCUUUCUUAAAAGUAGAGAGAGAAAAAUGCUGAAAUGCUGUUGCUAAAAGGGUUAGGGUCAGUAGUUCAGAACCACUUGUGAAGUCAACAGACAGAUGUUGGGCUUGCCCAGCCAAGGUGCUACAACCUCAAACAAGAUGUCACUUCUGAUCUUCUGACUGGUUGUAAGAAAACUGGAAAAGGUCCCUGAACCCUAAACUCUUUGACUGGAGCUUGAUGUAAUACGGUCAUCUUCUGGAAACACCUUCAGCGGUUCAUCUUGAUUCAUAUAAUACAGUCUCACUAGUGGUACCAUUACUUUAUCAUUCUACAGUCGACUUAAUCUUUGCCUUGAGAGGAGUAUUCCUCAUUACUAUGUACAUUGGAGAAUACUGUAUGUGCCAUUUUUCCUCUGUAAAAUCAUAUUUUAUUAUCUUACUCCAUGACAGUAUGUUACUGAAUGUUUUCUGUUAUAUGUUCAUUUCACCACCCUCACAAUCACUCAUAUUCCCAAUAAACCCUGAAAUCCUA